AUGGUUUCUGAGACGAGGAACCAAUCCAAGAAUGUGUGUGUAAUCGGAGCCGGGCCAGCCGGCCUAGUAGCGGCACGAGAGCUAAGAAAAGAAGGUCACAAAGCAAUAGUCUUGGAACAAAAUCAUGACAUUGGAGGACAAUGGUUAUACGACGAUAAAAAUGUCGAAGGAGAGGAUCCUUUAGGAAGAAACCCUUUUCUAAAAGUUCAUAGCAGUGUUUACAGGUCUUUAAGAGUAGCAUCUCCAAGGGAAGUGAUGGGAUUCACAGACUUUCCAUUUUUGAUCAAGAAAGAUAGAGACAUGAGGAGGUUUCCUAGCCAUGUUGAAGUGCUUAGGUAUCUAAAGGAUUUUUGUGAGUGGUUUGGGUUGAGGGAGAUGAUAAAGUUCAACACAAGGGUUCAACAUGUUGGAAUGUUGGAUCGUAAUGGUGUUUGUAGAAAUGACUUAAAGUGGAUUGUUACAAGUAAAGAAAAGAAUUGUGAUAAGUUUGUUGAAGAAGUUUUUGAUGCAGUUGUUGUUGCCACUGGUCAUUAUUCUCAACCAAAAUUGCCAUCCAUUAAAGGAAUGGAUACAUGGAAAAGAAAACAAAUGCACAGUCACAUUUACAGGACUCCAGAACCAUUCCACAAUGAGGUUGUGGUGUUAGUUGGAAAUUCCUUUAGUGGACAAGAUAUAGCAAUAGAGCUAGUGGGAGUAGCAAAGGAAAUCCAUAUAAGUUCGAGAUCUCUUAAUACUAUAACUGAAGGGUUAUCUAAAGUCAUAUCCAAACAUGACACCUUACAUCUUCACCCACAGAUUGACACACUUGAAGAGGAUGGAAGGGUGACUUUUAAGGAUGGUUCUUGGCUUAAAGCAGACACUAUUGUAUACUGUACCGGGUACUCCUAUAGCUUCCCUUUUCUUGACACCAAAGGAAUGGUGGUUGUUGAUCAUGACAGAGUAGGGCCUUUGUUUGAGCACACUUUUCCACCAUCACUUGCUCCAUCUCUUUCAUUCAUAGGCAUCCCUAAAAAGAUCUUAGGAUUCCCUUUCUUUGAGUCCCAAGCAAUGUGGGUAGCUCAAUUGCUUUCUGGGAAAAAAGCAUUACCAUCAUGGGAUGAAAUGAUGAAAUCCAUCAAAGAGUUAUACCAUUCAAAAGAAGUAGCAGGCAUCCCUACUCAUGAUAUUGGAGACUUUGAGUAUUGUGACAAAUAUGGAGAGAAUGUAGGACUUCCACCAUUACAAGAAUGGAGAAAAGUGUUGUGCGUUACAUCCAUUGUUAACUCUAUUGUCAACUUGGAGACAUAUAGAGAUUCGUGGGAUGAUGAUGAGUUGCUUCAAGAGGCACUUAAAAGUCCUCACUUCACUCAACUUGGACUUGAAGAUUGA